AUGCAGCGCCUCCCGGCCGAGACCUCGGACCGUAUCGCGACGUCGGCGUACCGCGCCAAGAAGCAGCUCGCCGAGCUGACAGGCAAGGCGGACGACGACGACGUGAACCCCCAUGUGCCCGACUUUAUUGCCAAGGCACCAUGGUGGGCGGACACUGGCAGUGGCGCCGCGCCCAACAUGGCACACCAGCGCAAGGACACAUCGCUCAAAUCGACGAUCAACCAGUGGUACGACCGUGGAACUGCUGGCCCAGCCGCGACCAAAUAUCGGAAAGGGGCGUGCGAGAACUGCGGUGCCAUGACACACAAGCGGAAAGACUGCGUUGAACGGCCUCGCCGACGCGGCGCCAAGUUUACGGGAAAGAAUAUCGCCGCUGACGAGGUGACACAGGCUGUGCCGCGCGACUUUGAUGCCAAGCGCGACAGGUGGAACGGAUACGAUCCCAGCACGUACAAGCAGGUUGUGGAUGAGUAUGAGGCCGAGGAGGAGGCGCGUCGUGCUGUCCGUGAGGCCGAACUCGCAGAGAAGAGCAUGGAGGAGAAGAAGAAGGACAAGGCCGAGGACGACGAGUUUGGCAGUGACGACGACGAGGACGACGUCCCGGAAGCAAGGUAUGCCGAAGAGGCCGACCAGGUUGGGCAAAAGUUCGACACAAAGACGCGCAUGACUGUGCGUAACCUCCGUAUUCGUGAGGAUACGGCCAAGUACCUCCUCAACCUCGACCCCGAGAGCGCGCAUUACGACCCCAAGACGCGUGCGAUGCGCGAUGCUCCAGAGGUCGGCAAGAAGGCUGAGGACUUGCGCUUUGCGGGAGACAACUUUGACCGCUAUUCUGGUGACGCGACGAACAUGCAGCGCCUGCAAAUGUUUGCGUGGCAGAGCGCACAGCGCGGACACAACGUCAACAUGCACUCGAACCCAACUGCUGGAGAGUUGCUGCACCGCGAGUUCAAUGAGAAGCGCAAUGUUCUCAAGGACACGACCAAGCAGAGCAUACUCGAAAAGUACGGCGGCGAGGAGCAUCUCGAACGCAUGCCGGCCGAGCUGUUGGGCGGGCAAACGGAACAUUACGUCGAGUAUUCGCGUGCAGGCGAAGUGAUCAAAGGCAUGGAGAAGGCCAAGGCGCGCACAAAGUACCAGGAGGACGUGUACGUCAACAACCACACGGCUGUAUGGGGCUCGUGGUUUGACCGCGACUCGUCGGCAUGGGGCUACGCGUGCUGCCAUUCCUUGGUGCCAGGAUCGUACUGCACCGGCGAGGCUGGUAAGAUGGCGAACCAGGAGAGCUCGGCGCAGGCGCUCUUGGAUAUGAAAGGCGAAGAGGAGGAGGAGGAGGAGGAGGUGCCCGUCAAGAGUCUGGUCGAGAUGCACCGGGAACGGAUGGCCAAGGGCGAGGUGCUGGACAAGGGCAAGGGGAAAAAGGCCAGCGAAUAUGCCAGGUACGAUGACGAUUCGGAAGCCAUCGCACUCGACAAGGCCCGCCUCAACGCUGCCGUGGCGGCUGAGAAGAAGCGCAAGACGCUUGGAGAGGAGGAGGCAUGGGAGGCCAGCAAGAAGGCCAAGCAGGAUGUCACGAAGGAGGAGCUCGAGGCGUACCGUCUCGGUCGGCAGGCGUUUGACGACCCGAUGGCCAACUACCAAGACCAGUCAUAG